UCAAAGCUGUCAAAUAUGGCGAGCUCAGCGCGAUGUGAUUGACAUGUAAAAAUGCAAUUUGGGACAAUUGUCGCCAGUGAAUUUGUGUUAAAAAAAAGCACUGCAUUGUGCUCGAGAGAAUUGGUAAUAUGUAAGAUUCUAAAGAAGCCGGAAGUUGUCGAUAUGUGUUAAAAAUUCGUCCUCGGCGUAAUCGUAGCCGGGGGUGAUAUACAUACAAGGGGAAUGAUAAUUGGGGAAUUAUGGGUGCUCAACCGACUAAAGACAGAGUGAUUCCUGCCGGGUCUGCUAUUCGACAAACUCGGAAACAACCCAGGAAUCCAAAGGACUCUCGUGUCAUCGGAUCCAAUAUUUUCACCGAGCACAGUGAAGCCUUACUUCAGAGUAGACCACUUCCUCACAUUCCUGCAUUACCAGAAGGUGAUCCACCAAGUUGCUCUAGUAUUCAAACGUAUUCUCAACAAUCGGGUCUUCAACAUGUCAAUGUGCCCAGUGGUGGACUUUUGGACGCUGCCAAUAGAUGGACGAGCAAGGAAAAUCUUCUCGCCCAAGAAGAAGACGAUCCACAAUUAUUCCUAGCGCUUUAUGACUUUCAAGCUGGUGGGGAAAAUCAACUCAGUUUGAAAAAAGGUGAACAAGUACGAAUUCUCAGCUACAAUAAAAGUGGAGAAUGGUGCGAGGCUCAUUCAAGUGCCGGUCAAGUUGGCUGGGUUCCUUCUAAUUAUGUGACGCCCGUGAAUUCGUUAGAGAAACACUCCUGGUAUCAUGGAAGAAUAUCGAGAAAUGCGGCAGAAUAUUUAUUAAGUUCGGGUAUCAAUGGAAGUUUCCUGGUUCGAGAGUCAGAAAGUAGUCCGGGACAACGCAGUAUUUCUUUGCGAUAUGAGGGUCGCGUUUAUCAUUAUCGAAUAAACGAAGACAACGAAGGAAAAAUGUUCGUGACAACAGAGAGUAAAUUUAACACUUUAGCAGAAUUAGUUCAUCAUCAUUCAAUGCUGAGCGAUGGAUUGAUAACACAACUUCUUUAUCCAGCUCCAAAACAAAAUAAACCAACUGUUUUCCCAUUAAGUCCCGAACCUGACGAAUGGGAAAUAAAUCGCACGGACAUUGUAAUGAGGCAUAAACUCGGUGGCGGACAAUAUGGAGAUGUAUACGAAGCUGUUUGGAAGAGAUACAACAUGACAGUUGCUGUGAAAACUCUAAAGGAGGAUACAAUGGCGUUGAAAGACUUUUUAGAAGAAGCUGCAAUUAUGAAGGAAAUGAAGCACAGGAAUUUGGUACAAUUAAUAGGCGUCUGUACUAGAGAACCACCUUUUUAUAUUAUCACUGAAUUCAUGAGUAAGGGAAAUCUAUUGGAUUAUUUGCGCAAUGAAAGCAAGCAUCAAAUUAAUGCUGUUGUAUUAAUGCACAUGGCUACGCAAAUUGCAAGUGGAAUGAGUUACCUCGAGAGUCGAAAUUUUAUUCACAGAGAUUUGGCUGCGAGAAAUUGUCUCGUGGGUGAAAAUCAUUUAGUGAAAGUGGCAGAUUUUGGUCUCGCUCGAUUAAUGAGAGAUGACACCUACACUGCACACGCUGGCGCAAAAUUUCCAAUUAAAUGGACAGCACCCGAAGGAUUGGCUUACAAUAAAUUUUCAACAAAAUCCGAUGUCUGGGCAUUUGGAAUUCUGCUUUGGGAAAUUGCAACCUAUGGAAUGUCACCAUAUCCCGGUGUUGAUCUCACGGAUGUUUAUCACAUGCUUGAGAAAGGAUAUCGCAUGGAAUGUCCACCAGGUUGUCCGCCAAAAGUUUAUGAACUAAUGCGUCAAUGUUGGCAAUGGUCCGCCAUGGAGAGACCAACUUUCAAAGAAAUUCAUCAUUCCCUAGAAAAUAUGUUUCAAGAAUCUAGUAUUACGGAAGAGGUGGAAAAGCAAUUGCAGAGCGGUGGGGAAAUUCCUUUGUUGGCUUACAAAAAAUCACAGACAGGAAGUACGGGAAAUAUUCAUGGACUUGUUUUAGUUUCUGAUCAACUGCCUUCUGGUUUGACUCAAGAAGGAGCCAGUCCAGUUUCAAAGUUAAGCACUUUUAUGGGCGGAUUGUCAAGUAAGGGGAACAGCAAUUCCGUACAAAUGCGACGCUCGACGAAUAAAAAAGGAAAACAAGCGCCUGCACCACCGAAGCGUACUAGCCUGCUAUCGUCGUGCAGCUCUUUUCGCGAUUCAGCCUACCAGGAUCAAGAUCAACAGAAUGCCGAUAUUUGCACUGCGAUACUCGACGAUGGCACGGACAUAAAUGGUAUCACACGAGAUAUCAUAACAAUGGCCACACAAUCAAUUAACGCAGGAAUUUGUGAUGGGGACGACGAUGGCGAUGGCUCUCAAGAAACGGCAGAGACCAAUUUUCCACCGCAGCCGUCAAUUUCACCGGAACCUGCACUCAACUUACAGUGCAACCAAAAACAAUUAAAAACGCGUACAUAUCCGCCUAAGGAAGUACUGCCUCAGAAGUUGGUACACGUGGGAGCUUUAGAGGUGCAAAAUGUUAAGAGGGCAAUAAAUCGCUAUGGAACAUUGCCAAAGGGUGCACGAAUUGGAGCGUAUUUGGAAUCACUUCGUCAGAGUGGAAUGCCAUCGAAUCAGGAUAGUUCAUCGUCAUCAUUAUCAACGGCCGUCGAGCAACAUGAAUUCACAAAUCCUGGCGAUAUCUCUCAACAUCGUUCAUUAUCGCCCCGGCAAAAUAAUCUUCGCAAUCAACCGCAAAUGACAAGAAGCAAUUCCUCCAGUGGUGUGGUAAAUACCUAUCAACCUCCAAAUUCUCCCCGCAGUCGUGCCGUUGGAACAAGAAAAAAUAACAGUGAAAAUGUUGGCUUAAAAACAUUCCGCGUUUCCAAUACCUCAACAUUUCGCACAGCAAGUCCCUCGCGACCACUUCAACCCACAUUAGCCGAUCUCGAAUUUCCACCGCCACCGCCUUUAGAUUUAUCGCCACUUCAUAACGAUUCCUUUAAUAUUAAUGAACAAUUUGAUCUUCCCCCGCCAAUAAUGCACUCGCCCAGUGGUAACAAUUCAUUGAUUAAAACCCUAAGUUCGCCAAUUGGCAUCCGAAAAGUAAAAGACUGGAAAUUCAAAGAAGAAUCAAGCGAAGAGGAGCGUACCAGCGAUGUUCAAAAUGCAGAACCAUCGGUGAAAGAAGCGAGUUCUAGAUUUGGUGUCAGCCUGAGGCGACGUGAAGACACUGGCAAAUCGGACGAGAAAAAUUGUAAAUUACCCGAAAUAUCGAGACAAAAAACUAAAGAUUCACCGCACGAGACGAAAAUUCAACAAAUCUCACCACCAGAAGAAUCACCACCGCCUCCACCUCCACCGCCACCACCUCUCAGUUCCACUCUCGACGCAUUCAAUUCAAAGCCAGGAAUGAAAGAAAUGCUCGAACUUAAAUUAAUCAACGAAAUCAAACAAUCAUCCGACAAAAAGCAACACACCAACAUUCUCAAAAAAGUCACAUCUUCCAAUAAUAUCACUUCCGCCCCACUUGAUCCCGCCUCGCAAUUACUCUCCGAACUCUGCGCAACAUUCAGCAUGGACACAAAUAAACACCCCAUUCAAAGUGAAUACGCAAUCGCAAAUUUAAAUCCCGAACCAAUUCAAGAAAACGAGAAACUAAUCAAGGAACCAAUUCAAGUCUCACCGAUAGUCGAAGUGAAUUUAAACACAGGAUUUAAAUUAAAGAAAGUUGACAAGAAACCACAAAAGGAAGAGAAUUCGGACAUUAGUCAAAUUAUCGAUUUUAAGGCCCGUUUAAGAAAGAUUGACGCUGACAAAACAGAUGACAAAAGUAAGAGAGAAAAGGAAGAUAAUCACGAAUCGCUUGAGUCAAUAGUCGACGAACAGGACGAUAAGAGACGCAGUACGGGCAGUAUAAGUAGUUUGAAAAAACUCUGGGAAAAUAAAGAAGCAACUGGCGGUGAGAAUCAACCAUUGAGUCCAAAAUUAGGAGCAAGAGGUACAAAUAAAGAUGAUGAAGAAUCGCCCGAGGAUCAUAGUGGAGCGUCAACAAAAAGUUCCGGUAAAACAGUAUGGCCACCAAUGCAAACCGAAAUGGAGAAGCCAAUUGUACCGGCAAAACCAAUAAAACCAUUAGUGACAACAGUAAAGCCAUCGAUUUACGCAACUCCAAAUUGUAAUAAAAAUACAACGUCGCAAGAUGAUGAUUUAGGAAAGCAGAGUGACACCAAAGGAGCAAAGAACAAUGUUAUUGAGAUUUCAAACCUAAUUGAGAAUAGUAUUAUUCAUUUGAAGAGCAGCACAACAAUAGUCAUUGCAAGUUGGUUGCAGCUCUCGGACAAAGUGGGAUUAUUGCACGGUAUGUGCGUUAAUUUAACGGACACUUCAAUAUCGCCGCAUGCCAAAUUUCAAUUUCGCGAUCUUCUCACUCGUCUUGAAUUACAAGCGCGACAAUUGAGAGCCGCCGGUACUCGCAAUAUUGCAGAGAAUACAAGACUACUAAGUGAUGUUCAAAAUACGAUAAAAGAUGUUAUCAAUAUGGUGCAAAGGUAAAAGAAAAAAAAAUCCGGAGAAAUCAAAAAGAAAAGAACCGAGGUUCCUGUGCAUUUUGUUCUUCUUGUUUAUACUAUUCGACAAUUAUCGUAUUUUAUUACUUACAGGUUUUUUUUUUUUUGUAUAUUUUAAUCAAAGAUGAUGACUUCAAUUAGAAUCGAUUAAUGUGAUCAAUUUUUUUUAAACAAUAUAUUAAUCAAUUUUAAAGGAAUACAUUAUUUUUUUUCUUGAUAGUCAUUUAGAAUUUAUAUUAUUUUAUUUUUUGUUUGUAGAAAUAUUUAGAGUUUAAAAAUAUUUGACACAAUUUUGGUUACAUUUGGUUUUGGAGAUCCGUUUCUUUGAUAGCUAAAGCACUAAAGGAAUUUGAAAAAUAUCAUAAUUAGAUAAAUUAUUUUUUCAACUUUCUAAUAUUUUUUAGUUCUGAAAAUAUUCCAACUGUAUAUUUUUUGUAAUUUUUGUUUAAGUUUGUAAUUAUUUUUUUUUUGUCAAUUUUAAAUUAAUAUUCGUUAAAAUCUAGACUUUUUUAUUUUAUUUGUCAGGAAAUUUUUUUUAUUAUCGUUAUUUGAAUAUUUGAGAAGAGGAAAAAAUCUCCCCAACCAGAUGUAACGGAAAAAAAAUGUGACGUAAUUUAAUUGAUAGAUUUUUAGAAUUAUUUUUUGAAUAAUUCAAAUCCAAUAUCUUAAAAUGUUGACUUUUAAUUUUAAAUAAAAAAAAAACAAUUUUUUUUGUUUAAAUUUAAUUUUGAUUAAUUUUUUUGGAUUUGAUUAGGGACAUUUUUAAAUUAAUAUUCAAAGGAGAUUUUAAAAUUAAAAUUUGAUGCUCUCUAUUUUUUUCUAGAUCAAAUUUUCAAAUGUCCUGAAAGUUUAAAAAAAAGGAUGCAUGCUAAUGAGUGAAACAAAUUUAGACGCGAAUUUUUAUCUUGAUUGCUGAUUUAAACAAUUUAUAAUUUAUUUUAGAAAAAUUAACUUUCGCGAACAUUCUUAGAAAUUGAUUUUUACUUUCAGUAAGACGAUUUUACUGGAAUAAUAAUUAUGAUUGUGAUCCAAUGUUUUUUAAUCGUCAGAGAGAUUGGAAAAUUGUUAACAUUUUUUUAUAUACGCAAACCAAAAAUUAUUUUGAAGAAAAUUCUGUUAUUUUCGUCGAAAUUUAUUAUUUUUAUUGAUAAAAACCGAAAAGAAUUUUUUUUUUAGUUUGAAAAAUGAAAGACAAAAUCAGAAAGUUUGAACAAAACGAGACCAUGCUCAUAAAAAUUUUUCAACUGUAAUCUUUCCUGUAGCUUUCUAUUUAUGUAUAAACACAGCGAUGGGAUAAGAAAAUAAAACCCGAAGUGAUAUUAGACUUACGUGUGAAAUUGAACAAUUUUUAUUAAUCUCAAAAACAAUAUUUCAAUGAAAUAGAAUUUUUUCAAAGGCUAAACAAAAGCUCGUAUAGCAGAAAAAGAAAAGCUCUAAAAAUUUUAUGCGGAAAUUCUAAAAAAAAACUGUUUUUUUCAUGAAAUGAGAAAACCAAAAUUAAAACAAGUCAAGAAUUUCUGUGAUAAAUACUCUGUCCAAAAAAAUCAAAAAAUUUCAAAAAAAAAAACUUUCCUUAAUUCUAUAAUUCUAGACUAGUUUUUUAUGAAAACAAAAAAGAACAGAUUUUUAAUAAAAACCUACUGACUCUGGGAUAAUAUUAUUUUAAUUAAAAAAUCAAACGUUUUCUCAUUUCAUGAAAAAUUAAAUAUUCAAAGAAAAGCGAAAAUAAAAUUAUUAGAGCAAAAAAGUUCAAAAUAAAGUUCGAAUCGCUACUAAAUUUCCUGAUAGAAGAAAAGAAAAAUCACUAGAUUUUCAUUUUAAUGAGAAAUAAUAAAUAUUUUCUCGAGUGUAUUAUUUCAAACUCUAUUUCUUUAAAUAUAUAUAAAUAUAUAAAUAUAAUAUUCGAUUAUUCAAUUUUUAAAACUAUAUCAAAGAAGUGGAAUUUUUAAAAAGAAUCGCAAUUUCCAGUCUUAUCAUAUUAAAAAAAAGCCUUUUGUAAUUACUCUAACACAAAACGAUAUUAAACUACAAAAAAUCCUUCUGCAAAAUAAAAAAAGAGUUGGGCCCAUUUUGAUCGUCUUAUCGUGUGAUUGUAUAAAAACAAAAACAAAAAAAAAAUGAAAAAAUUAGCAAAUAAUGAAUGUAGUGUUCAAAAACUAUUAUUAUUAUUAUUAUUACUAUACAGCGAGUGUUGCAAAAAAAUCAUAAUAAAGCGAGUGUUGAAAAACAUAUGUAAAAAAUAUUAAAAGCUUAACGCUCUAUGUGAAAGACCAAAGGUGAAUUAACGAAGAAAAAAAAAUUCUACAUUAUAAGCCCAACUCUGCUUCUUUUUUUCAAAAAAAAAAAAAAAAAAAUGAGUGUCUUUAAUUUCAGUGAAAAGUGAAUGAAGAUGUGUAGGGACAAGGGGGAAAAAAUCUUGAUUUUUUUUUUGUUUGCUUGUACUUUUUAUACGAAAAAAAAAAUAUUUAUCAUAAGUAUCAUAUAGGCUAGAUUUAUAAAUACGAAAUAAAUAUUAAGACAAUAUAAACGAUUUUGUAAAACAAAAACAAAAAAUUAAACAAAAAAAAAUCACUGUAAUUAAGCCAGGUUUUUAAAUUAGCGAGCGCUUUGUUUGAAGAAUGCACUCUGUCUAAAAAAAAAAGAUGUUUUUCUCUCUUGCGGUGAGAUGAAAAAAAAAUCCUUUUGUACGAAGACUUAAAAUGAAAGAAAGUAACGAGAUUAUUUUUGUCGUAGCCAUUUUUCCGAAGUGUGUACAGUUUAAAUAACGAGAAAAAAAAUUGCAGCACUAUCUUCAAAAGAAAAGAAAAAUUUUUUUUCAAUACCGCAUGAAACUUUUUAAAAUCUAUAUUUUUCUAAAGAUCGAUGUCGAGUAGUGGAGAAUUUGAUUUUAACAAGAAUCAUGUCUCGAUCUCCUGUUUUUUUUAUUAUUGAAUUUUUUUUUUUUUUUAUACCUGUGAUAAUAAUGGCCAUUCUCUGGAAAAUUUGUUUGCGUGUGCUCAAGAAAAUUCCAAUAGCAAAUUAAUUUGAAAUAGAAAGAAAAAAAUCGAGUACAGAAAAAAAAAACAAGGAAAGCAACGGUUUAUAUAAAAUACUGUAUUAUAGUAAUUUUACGAUUAUUUAUAUUUGUAUUUAUUUUAUAAUUCUCAGUGUAAAAUUGUCACCCACGUACUGAUUCGCUAUUAUAAAACUUUAAUAUUGCUUUAUACUAUAAGAGUAAAAAAUAAAAAUAAUUAUUAAAUUAA